GCGGCUCGGCGAGCUCGGGUGCCCGCCGCGUCCUCCGCUCGCCGCCGGGCCUCUGGUCCUGAGCUCGCUGCGUUCCUUCCUCAGGUCCCGCCGGACUCACUUCAGUGUCCUUAGUCCCCGGGCCAGCGGUGAGCAGGACCCGGAUGACGUUCACCUGGCGGCCCGGAGCCCCGAGUGACCGAAGGCAAGUCUCCUGGUCUGGUCCCUGAGGAAGAAGAAAACCCUUACUAAGGAACAGAGACCCCCAAGGCUAAGGCCAGGAUGGCAGCAUCAGCCCCCUUAAGGACCCUGGAGGAGGAGGUGACCUGCUCCAUCUGCCUGGAUUACCUGCGGGACCCAGUGACCAUUGACUGUGGCCAUGUCUUCUGCCGCAGCUGCACAAGUGAUAUCCGCCCCAUUUCGGGGAGCCGCCCCGUCUGCCCACUCUGCAAGAAGCCCUUUAAGAAGGAGAACAUCCGGCCUGUGUGGCAGUUGGCCAGUCUGGUAGAGAAUAUUGAGCGGCUGAAGGUGGACAAUGGCAGGCAGCCGGGGGAGCUGGCCAGAGAGCCACAGGACACGAAGCUGUGCGAGCGGCACCAGGAGAAGCUGCACUACUACUGUGAGGACGAUGGCAAGCUGCUGUGCGUGAUGUGCCGGGAGUCCCGGGAGCACCGCCCGCACACUGCCGUGCUGGUAGAGAAGGCCGCCCUGCCUCACCGGGAAAAAAUUCUGAACCACCUGAACACCCUAAGGAGAGACAGAGAAAAAAUCCAGGGCUUUCAGGCCAAGGGAGAAGCCGAUAUUUUGGAUGCACUGACGAAGCUGCAGGAGCAGAGGCAGUACAUUGUGGCGGAAUUUAAGCAGGGCCACCAGUUUCUAAAGAAGCGGGAGCAGCACCUGCUAGACCAGCUGGCCACCCUGGAGCAGCUGCUCAAUGAGGGCCGGGAGAAGUUCAAGACCCGGGGUGUCAGCGAGCUUGGCCGCUUGGCUCUGGUCAUCUCCGAGCUUGAAGGCAAAGCACGGCAGCCAGCUGCAGAACUAAUGCAGGACACCAAGGACUUUGCCAACAGGUACCCACGGAAGAAGUUCUGGAUUGGAAAAGCCAUCCCUCACAUGGUUAAAAGAAAGGCAGGAGAAUUCUCAGAUAAACUUCUUUCUCUGCAGCGAGGCCUGAGGCAGUUCCAGGGCAAGCUGCUGAGAGACUUGGAGUAUAAGACAGUGAGUGUCACCCUGGACCCACAGUCGGCCAGCGGGUACCUGCAGCUCUCAGAGGACUGGAAGUGUGUGACCUAUACCAGCCAGUACCAGAGUGACUGCCUGCACCCCCAGCAGUUUGACUGUGAGCCAGGGGUGUUGGGCAGCAAGGGCUUCACCUGGGGCAAGGUAUACUGGGAGGUGGAGUUGGAGAGGGAAGGCUGGUCAGAGGAUGAGGAGGAGGGAGAGGAGGAAGAAGAAGGGGAAGAGGAGGAAGAUGAUGAUGAGGCUGGCUAUGAGGAUGGAUAUGAAGACUGGGAAACAGAUGAGGAUGAGGAAUCCCUAGGGGAGGAAGAGGAGGAGGAAGAGGAAGAAGACGAAGAAGUUCUGGAAAGUUGCAUGGUGGGAGUGGCUAAAGACUCUGUGAAGAGGAAAGGGGACCUGUCCCUGCGGCCAGAGGAUGGUGUGUGGGCCCUUCGGCUCUCCCCCUCAGGCAUCUGGGCCAACACAAGCCCCGAGGCCCAGCUCUUCCCAGUGCUAAGGCCCCGGAGAGUGGGCAUCGCCCUGGAUUAUGAAGGGGGCACUGUGACCUUCACCAAUGCAGAGUCACAGGAACUCAUCUACACCUUCUCAGCCACCUUCAGCCGGCGCCUGGUUCCUUUCCUGUGGCUCAAGUGGCCAGGAACACGCCUUCUACUAAGACCCUGAGUUCUAGAACCUGCCUGGGCCACACUAUGGAAAUUUUACUUUUCUGAGAUUCCAGGACUCUGUGAUGAAGAAGUGUUGCCUGGAUCCACGUCCAUGGAAACUUCCCUUGCUGGGAUCCCAAGACUAUCUGAUGGAGGCAGGUUCUUGGCCAGAGCACCAGGAGGAGAAGGGAGGAGGGACGUCGCAUCUGCUGCCACCCAUCUCCCCACUGCUAUGGCCAAGAUAUCUCUUAGCACUGUCACUCUAUUUCUUGUUCCAGCUUCUCACCCUCCUGACCGUUUCCUCUGGGGUCUCCUGCUCUGAAGACCAAUUGACUCCCUCCUUCCUGAGCAUUCCUUUAUGUUGGCUCUGUGCUCUUCAGUUGAACAAACAGGGCAGCAACAUUUCCUGGUUCAGUUGUUAUCCAGUGCCCACGGGAAGACCUUUGCUGACAUCUGAAGCCAUUUUGCUGUCCCCAGAUUGGAGGUUCACCUUGCCCAAAACCACUCUGUCUCCUACCUUUCCUGGCCUCUUAAACUUACUUUUCCUACCCUAUCAGAGUUAAGUACCUAAAGAUCCAGAGAUGGACAUAGACCUGCUGAAGUUUGUGUCCUGGGGUACUGGUGGGACCUCCUGGUGUGGCUAGCAAAGCUCAUGGUCUCCAAUCCUGGAUCUGAGGAGGUGGGACUCCCAGGUCCAUCUGUAUCUCAGAAAGCAUCUAGGUACUGUGGCUCAGGUAGCAGUUGUGGUCAAUAAAUUACCUCUGCAGAGUA